CCAUCCCACAGCUUCCCAGGAGCCUGGCUCACCUGGACCUUCAACUUCCUGCUCUCCAGUCCACAGUGCAGACCAUGGAGCUGUGGGCGCAGCUGAAGCAGGCUGGACUGGAGCCCACUGGCUUGGGCCCACUCCCCCAGGCCCUAAGGAUGGCCCCGCCAGAGAGCAACCCUGGCCAGACCCUGCUGUCCUCAGGGGCAGACCUUGGGGGUGCCAGGGAGCUGCUGCUGUGGGUCUGGGAGGAGCUGGGGAACCUGCGCCGAGUGGAUGUCCAGCUGCUGGGACAGCUGUGUGACCUGGGCCUGGAGAUGGCGGCUCUUCGGGAGGAGCUGGUGACCAUGCUGGAGGAGGAGGAAGGAGAGGAGGAGGAUGAAGAGGAGGAGCAGGAGGAGAGCUGUGUUGAAGAAGAGCACGAAGGGUCCCAGGGGAAGCGAGAGGAAGGCUGCUCAGCAGCCCCCAAUCCGGCCCAGCGGCCCCCUGACUUUGAGAUGACCAUCUGAGGAGACUGAGAAUCAAUGAAAUUGCUCUCCCCAGAGAUGAGCAGUAGGAGAUCCUGGUAGCGGCCUGGGUGCCGUGGGCAGGUUCACGUGGAGGUUUGGGAGGGCACAGAGGCCAUGGUCCGCCUGUAGACAUGUUUCCAGUGUGGUCUGGAGACCCGGUGCUCAGCAAAAGCAAUGGAGUGUUGGCACACAGGAUGGAAGACCAAUCCUGCCUGGGGUGGUAGGUGUCACGGCCAUUAAGCAAUUGAAACGUGGCAGGUUCAGAUGAGAUGUGGAAUACGAUGAAGGUCAAACAUCUGUGUGGCAAAACCUCUCAAUAAUUAAAAAAACUGAUUGCAUGCUGAGAUGAUAUUUUUAAUAUAUGGGAAGUUAUAAUA